AAACAAUUUAAAUACAAAAACACACGCAGGUUCCCCUCCUUUCCUUUGCCUUUUGGUCUGGCUCUCCCUACCUUUGCGUUGGUGCCUGACCGAAUGGAAAACCCUUCUUCGUUUUGCAGCCUGUGAGCUCCGGGUACCUGGAGACCAGGCAGGCCCCUGUGCUGCCCCCACCCCAGGAGCCGUGCCCCCCAUCAUUCUGCAGUCCUCUGACUCUCAGCCUGGUGUGAUAACUGAGGCCCAGAGAGGUAAUGUGAUUUGCCUAAAGUCAUGCAACUCGUGGCAGAGCCUGGCCUAGAAGCCAGGUGUCCUGGAUCUCAAGAUACCCCCCUGCCCGAGGAAUGGAACCGGGAUUUAGUGCAAGAAGAAGAACAGUUGAUGGAAGAAAAGAAAAAGAAAAAAGACGACAAGAAAAAGAAGGAAGCUGCUCAAAAGAAGGCCACUGAACAAAAAAUCAAAGUGCCAGAACAGAUAAAGCCCAGUGUAAGCCAGCCUCAGCCUGCCAACUCUGAUAACGGCACUUCCACAGCAACCAGCACUAAUAAUAAUGCCAAGCGAGCUACAGCCAGCAAUCAGCAGCCGCCGCCGCAGCAGCAACAGCAGCAGCAGGAGCAGCAGCAGCAGCAGCAGCAGCAGCCACAGGCCUUGCCUCGGUAUCCUCGUGAAGUACCUCCACGAUUUCGCCACCAGGAACACAAACAGCUUCUAAAGAGGGGUCAGCAUUUUCCUGUCAUAGCAGCAAACCUGGGAUCUGCUGUUAAGGUGUUAAACAGCCAAUCAGAAAGCAGUGCUGUAACAAAUCAGCAGCCACAAAAUAACGGAGAGGUGCAGAACAGCAAAAACCAGUCAGAUAUAAAUCAUAAUACUUCAGGAUCCCAUUAUGAAAAUUGCCAGCGGGGACCUGUGUCUUCUACAAGUGACUGUAGCACAAGCCCUAAGAAUGCUGUAAAGGACUUGUUGGAAAAAGAAGCAUGGCCCUCGGCCCCUGGCACUGAUCCCGAGUUGGCUUCAGAAUGUAUGGAUGCUGAUUCUGCCUCCAGUUCUGAGUCAGAGAGAAACAUCACUGUCAUGGCUUCAGGGAACACAGGUGGUGAAAAAGAUGGCCUUCGCAACAGCACUGGACUCGGUUCUCAAAGCAAGUUUGUGGUUGGUAGCAGCAGCAAUAAUGUGGGUCACGGAAGUAGUACUGGGCCAUGGGGCUUCCCCCAUGGAGCCAUAAUAAGCACAUGUCAGGUCUCUGUGGAUGCUCCUGAAAGCAAAUCAGAAAAUAGUAACAAUAGAAUGAAUGCUUGGGGCACUGUAAGUUCUUCAUCAAAUGGAGGGUUAAAUCCAAGCACUUUGAAUUCAGCUAGCAACCAUGGUGCCUGGCCAGUAUUAGAAAACAAUGGACUUGCCCUAAAAGGGCCUGUAGGGAGUGGGAGUUCUGGCAUCAAUAUUCAGUGUAGUACCAUAGGCCAGCUGCCUAACAAUCAGAGUAUCAACUCUAAAGUCAGUGGCUCUUCUACCCAUGGUACCUGGGGCAGCCUUCAGGAAACAUGUGAGCCUGAAGUAAGUGGUACACAGAAGGUUUCGUUCAGUGGUCAACCUCAGAAUAUCACCACUGAAACAACUGGACCAAAUAACACUACUAACUUUAUGACCUCUAGUUUACCAAACUCCGGUUCAGUACAGAAUAAUGAACUGCCUACUAGUAAUCCAGGGGCCUGGCGUGUGAGCACAAUGAAUCAUCCUCAGAUACAGGCUCCGUCAGUUAUGAAUGGCACUUCCCUUUCUCACCUUAGCAAUGGAGAGUCAAAAACUGGAGGCUCCUACGGUACUACAUGGGGUGCCUAUGGUUCUAAUUACUCUGGAGACAAAUGUGCAGGCCCUAACGGCCAAGCCAAUGGUGACACUGUGAAUGCAACUCUAAUGCAGCCUGGCAUAAAUGGGCCUAUAGGCACUAACUUUCAAGUUAACACAAAUAAAGGGGGAGGCGUAUGGGAACCUGGGACAACAAAUUCCCAGAGUUCACCAUGGGGAAGUGGAAAUGGUGCGAAUUCUGGAGGAAGUCGAAGAGGAUGGGGAAGUCCUGCACAGAACACUGGCACUAGUCUACCCAGUGUUGAGUGGAACAAACUGCCUAGCAAUCAGCAUUCCAAUGACAGUGCAAAUGGCAAUGGUAAGAAGUUUACAAAUGGAUGGAAGUCUACUGAGGAAGAGGAUCAGGGUUCUGCCACAUCUCAGACAAGUGAGCAAAACAGUGUGUGGGCCAAAACAGGAGGCGCAGUGGAGAGUGAUGGUAGUACAGAGAGCACUGGACGCCUUGAAGAGAAAGUAACUGGGGAAGGUCAGAGUAGAGAUAGAAGAAAAAUUGAUCAGCACACAUUACUCCAAAGCAUUGUAAACAGAACUGACUUAGAUCCACGUGUCCUGUCCAACUCCGGUUGGGGACAGACUCCUAUUAAGCAGAAUACUGCCUGGGAUACAGAGACAUCACCCAGAGGGGAAAGAAAGACUGACAAUGGGACAGAGGCCUGGGGAAGCUCUGCAACACAGACUUUUAACUCAGGGGCAUGUGUAGAUAAGACUAGCCCUAAUAGUAAUGAUACCUCAUCUGUAUCAGGGUGGGGCGAUCCCAAACCUACUCUGAGGUGGGGAGAUUCCAAAGGCUCAAACUGCCAGGGGGGAUGGGAAGAUGAUUCUGCUGCUACAGGAAUGAUCAAGAGCAAUCAGUGGGGGAAUUGCAAAGAAGAGAAGUCUGCAUGGAAUGAUUCGCAAAAGAACAAACAGGGGUGGGGUGAUGGACAAAAGUCAAGCCAAGGUUGGUCCAUUUCUGCCGGUGAUAAUUGGGGAGAAACUUCCAGGAGUAACCAUUGGGGUGAGGCUAAUAAGAAAUCUAGCUCAGGAGGUAGUGACAGUGACAGGUCCAUUUCUGGUUGGAACGAACUUGGUAAAACUAGUUCUUUUACUUGGGGAAAUAAUAUAAAUCCAAAUAAUUCAUCAGGAUGGGAUGAAUCUUCUAAACCUAAUUCUUCCCAGGGAUGGGGAGACCCUCCAAAGUGUAAUCAGUCUCUAGGUUGGGGAGAUUCAUCAAAACCAGUUAGUUCUCCAGAUUGGAACAAGCAACAAGACAUUGUUGGAUCGUGGGGAAUUCCACCAGCCACCGGCAAGCCUCCUGGUACAGGCUGGCUGGGAGGACCAAUUCCAGCUCCAACAAAGGAGGAAGAACCCACAGGCUGGGAGGAGCCAUCCCCAGAAUCUAUACGACGAAAAAUGGAGAUUGACGAUGGAACUUCAGCUUGGGGCGAUCCAAGCAAAUACAACUACAAAAAUGUGAACAUGUGGAAUAAAAACAUCCCGGAUGGCAGCGGCCGCCCCGACCAGCAAGCGCAGAUGCAUCGGCUGCUGCCGUCUGCAAAUGCUGUCUCAAGCAAGGAGGCAAGCGGUGGCUCUGGCUGGGGUGAGCCCUGGGGAGAGCCAUCUACUCCAGCCACGACUGUGGAUAAUGGUACUUCAGCCUGGGGUAAGCCCAUAGACAGUGGUCCCAGCUGGGGAGAACCCAUUACUGCAGCAUCCAGUGCAUCCACAUGGGGCUCCAGCUCUGUUGGUCCACAAUCAUUAAGCAAAUCUGGGCCCAAAUCUAUGCAAGAUGGCUGGUGUGGUGAUGAUAUGCCAUUACCUGGAAGUCGCCCCACUGGCUGGGAAGAGGAGGAGGAUGUAGAGAUUGGAAUGUGGAACAGUAACUCGUCUCAAGAGCUUAACUCAUCCUUAAAUUGGCCACCAUAUACCAAGAAAAUGUCAUCAAAGGGUCUGAGUGGCAAAAAAAGGAGAAGGGAAAGGGGAAUGAUGAAAGGUGGAAACAAACAAGAAGAUGCGUGGAUAAAUCCAUUUGUUAAACAGUUUUCAAAUAUCAGUUUUUCAAGAGACUCACCAGAAGAAAAUGUACAGAGCAAUAAGAUGGAUCUUUCUGGAGGAAUGUUACAAGACAAGCGAAUGGAGAUAGAUAAACAUAGCCUAAAUAUUGGUGAUUACAAUCGAACGGUCGGGAAAGGUCCUGGUUCUCGGCCUCAGAUUUCCAAAGAGUCUUCCAUGGAGCGCAAUCCUUAUUUUGAUAAGGAUGGCAUUGUAGCAGAUGAAUCCCAAAACAUGCAGUUUAUGUCCAGUCAAAGCAUGAAGCUUCCCCCUUCAAAUAGUGCACUACCUAACCAGGCCCUUGGCUCCAUAGCAGGGCUGGGUACGCAAAACUUGAAUUCUGUUAGACAGAAUGGCAAUCCCAGUAUGUUUGGUGUUGGAAACACAGCAGCACAACCCCGGGGCAUGCAGCAGCCUCCAGCACAACCUCUCAGUUCAUCUCAGCCUAAUCUCCGUGCUCAAGUGCCUCCUCCAUUACUCUCCCCUCAGGUUCCAGUUUCAUUGCUGAAGUAUGCACCAAACAACGGUGGCCUGAACCCGCUCUUUGGCCCUCAACAGGUAGCCAUGCUGAACCAGCUAUCCCAACUAAACCAGCUUUCUCAGAUCUCCCAGUUACAGCGAUUGUUAGCGCAGCAGCAGAGGGUGCAGAAUCCGAGAAGCGUGCCUUCUGCUAACCGACAGCAGCAAGACCAGCAGGGUCGACCUCUUAGUGUCCAGCAGCAGAUGAUGCAACAGUCUCGUCAACUUGAUCCAAGCCUGCUGGUGAAGCAGCAGACUCCGCCUUCUCAGCAGCCGCUUCAUCAGCCAGCCAUGAAGUCCUUCCUUGACAAUGUCAUGCCCCACACUACACCCGAGCUGCAGAAAGGGCCAUCGCCAGUAAAUGCUUUCAGCAACUUUCCUAUAGGCUUGAACUCAAACUUGAAUGUAAAUAUGGAUAUGAACAGUAUUAAAGAGCCACAGUCAAGACUAAGGAAGUGGACUACAGUGGACAGCAUUUCUGUGAACACAUCUUUGGAUCAAAACUCCAGCAAACAUGGUGCUAUUUCAAGUGGUUUUAGGCUGGAAGAAUCUCCAUUUGUUCCCUAUGACUUUAUGAAUAGCAGUACUUCACCAGCCAGUCCUCCAGGUUCAAUAGGAGAUGGCUGGCCACGUGCCAAAUCGCCUAACGGCUCUAGCAGUGUUAACUGGCCACCAGAAUUUCGCCCUGGUGAACCAUGGAAAGGUUAUCCAAACAUUGACCCUGAAACUGACCCUUACGUCACUCCUGGCAGUGUGAUUAACAGUCUUUCGAUUAAUACUGUGCGGGAAGUUGAUCACCUCAGGGACAGGAACAGUGGGUCAUCCUCAUCCUUGAACACCACGCUGCCUUCAACUAGUGCCUGGUCAUCCAUUCGUGCCUCCAACUACAAUGUUCCCCUCAGCAGUACAGCACAAAGCACUUCAGCCAGAAAUAGUGAUUCCAAAUUGACGUGGUCUCCUGGUUCAGUUACAAACACCUCUCUGGCUCAUGAGCUGUGGAAAGUCCCUUUGCCACCUAAAAACAUCACUGCUCCAUCCCGCCCACCUCCAGGGCUGACUGGUCAGAAGCCACCCUUGUCUACGUGGGAUAAUUCUCCCCUUCGUGUAGGUGGAGGAUGGGGAAAUUCUGAUGCCAGAUACACCCCAGGUUCCAGCUGGGGUGAGAGCAGCUCAGGGAGAAUAACGAAUUGGCUUGUUUUGAAAAACCUCACACCUCAGAUUGACGGCUCAACUCUGCGCACCCUGUGCAUGCAGCAUGGCCCACUGAUUACAUUCCAUCUGAACCUCCCACAUGGAAAUGCUCUGGUCCGUUACAGUUCAAAAGAAGAGGUAGUGAAGGCACAAAAGUCUCUGCACAUGUGUGUGCUGGGGAACACUACUAUUCUCGCUGAGUUUGCCAGUGAAGAGGAGAUCAGUCGCUUCUUUGCACAAAGUCAGUCUCUGACCCCUUCUCCUGGCUGGCAGUCUCUCGGGUCCAGCCAGAGCCGGCUGGGCUCCCUCGACUGUUCCCACUCAUUCUCCAGCCGGACCGAUCUCAAUCACUGGAAUGGUGCUGGGCUGUCGGGAACUAACUGUGGAGACCUUCACGGCACUUCCCUCUGGGGGACCCCACAUUAUUCCACAAGCCUGUGGGGUCCCCCAAGCAGCAGCGACCCCCGGGGAAUUAGCAGCCCAUCCCCCAUUAAUGCUUUUCUUUCUGUUGACCACCUGGGUGGGGGUGGAGAGUCCAUGUAACCGCAUAGGUAUAGACGCAAACUGUGACCUCAAGAUAAGAAGGAAAGGAGCACUAAGUUGGGCUCGCCGCCUGCAGCCAGGGCCACCUGUGGGAACAGCUAUUUUUCUGCACAUUUUCCACUUUGUUUUCCCCAGAACAUAUCAGUUUGAAUACUUGAAUCAUGCAGGCCAAUAUUAUAAUGUGAAAGGGUAUCUAUCUAUUUACACUCCCAAAUAGCGCCAUACAGCUAACCGUGUGGAAUGAGCUCACUUGUGUAUUCAUCAUGUUUAGCCUUCAGAUUCCUUCUUUCCUUCAUUUCCACCCCCAGCCCCACCUUUUAUUUUUAUUUGGUUUUU